UUCGGCCCGGAACUGAUAUUGAUGUUGGCGGAACAGAAGCUAAGCUAACAGGCUAGCGGAACGAACAACUGAAGAUGAGAGAGAGGAGCGAAUGGCUGCCAGCUUCACUCUCACGAGGACAGCGAAGCGGCGUCUCACUGAGGAAGAUGUUUGUCCUCUGCAGGUCAAAUCUUUGAGGACAGAUGAAGAGACAGACAGGCAGCCACAAACAGGAAUUCCCACCAACACACACAAAGUGGACACCACACCUGUCACAGGUGAUGCAAUGAUGGGAGAGGAUACAGUCACCAUGGAGACUAGUGAUGAUGAACUUGGACGACUGGACAUUGACCUGGACAGGAAGUCCAAACGGCUGAACCUGACGUCCAGUAACGUGCGCGCCAUCCUGCAUGAGGUGAUUACUGAUGAACGUGUGGUCGCCAUGAUGAAAGCAGCGAUCAGAGACACUCAGGACCUCCCUUUGUUUGAGCCAAAGAUCUGGACUCGGUCCAGACUCAGGCAGACCCUCCAGCCUGUAAACUGGGAUCCGUCUGCAGUGAACAAGCCUCCUCAGUUUAUUGACAUCGAACUUGAGGAUGAUGAAGACUCGUCUGAUGAAGAGUAUUGUCCUGAUGAAGAAGAGGAGGCGGAAGAUACAGCCGAGGAGACCUUCCUCAGUGAUGCUGACAGCCUGGCUUCACCUCCCAGAAUGCACCAGGGCUUCCAGAACAGAUCACCAACACACCUGAGGACAGACGAUUACCUACAGAGAUGUGGCCAUCCGAGCGACCCAAUGAGCUCCACCUGCACGCCUCAUUUUCUCCCUGCUCCUGAAUCCUCCUUCCUGGAGAGACUUAAAGCUGUGGAUGAGGAGUUGGACUGCAGCCCAUCAUACACCUAUGGCCAGUCUCUGGACAGGAAACCCAAUAAUGAUGAUGAUGGUGGUUGUGAUCAAGGCUCCUGCAGUUUGGCGUACCGCACACGCUCCAAACGUCCUCUUGUGGACGUCCCACUAGGUCAGCUGGAGGCGGCGCUACUGCCUCCUGACAUCACGGCCGACAUGUAUGAUGAGAGCAGUGCCCAGCGGGAGGAGGACCGCCAUUGGACAAAGUGGCUGCAGGGCCUGAUGGUCCCUGACUGUGAAGAUGAGGCAGAAGAUGAUGACGACCCCGAGUACAACUUUCUGGAAGACCUGGAUGAACCUGACCGGGAGGACUACAGGACAGACCGGGCUGUGCAGAUCACCAAGAAGGAAGUGAAUGAGCUGCUGGAGGAACUCUUUGAAAAUUUCCAGGAGGAAGAGGAGGUGGUGGCCGAGGAGGAGGAGCACGAGGAGGAGGCCUCAUCACAGCUUGGACCGAAGUUCAACGUGCCGCAGGCUUUACGCUUUGAGGCACCGUUAGCCAACAUGCUAACAGAGCGGCGGCAGACUGUCAGGAAGCAGUAUGAAGCUCAGCAGCAGAAGAGAGCCCUGCAGGACACAACCAAUCACCUCAGCUCAAGUCUGAAGGACACACCCACUCCUCCACUCAACACCAUUACUUCCGUCCUAGUGCUGCCAAGUCGCGUUGGUCCCGCCCUCCACCUGGACCAUUCCCAGAAACUGCAGCUACAGCAGCAGCUGCAGCAGCACGUGCAGCUGCUAACUCAGGUUCACCUGCUGAGUCGCCACAUUGCCGCCCUGAACCAUGAAGCCUCCAUCACCAAGCGGUACCUGGAGGAGCUGCAGCAGUUUGCCCACUAUCAGGAGAAAGGUCAUACCUCCAGCUGUUUCAGGGUGUGUAACCUCCAGAGGGCGCUGGACCUCCUACAUGAGGUGGAGCAGAGGGAGGAGCCUCCACCUGCUCCUCCUGCUCGACCUUCCAGACGCUGGCUCCCUCAAAUGAUGCCUGCAAUGAACAGCCUUGCCUUCCCUUUGCUGCCUGCUGACACCGCCUGGCUGUUUGCCACACGACCUGUCUUCCUGUACCCAGAACUACUUCCUGUCUGCAGCCUGGACCCUGCCCUCCACAGCAAGAACCUGAGAACAGUUUACACAGCAGGAGAGGAUGGGCUCAUUGUUCUUGGUCUGAAGCACUUCGAGGGGACGUUCCAUUCCGAUGAGCUGAUCAGUUCGUACCUGCUCUGUAAGAGUCGAUGGAACUUCAGGAAACACGUCAGAGAGAUGAGUGGCCCAAGAGCACCCGACAAUGUCAUCAAGAUGUUUGUCACGGAGCGCGUCGUCCCAACGCUGCCACUCGCGUGCAGCAGAGUCCAGCCAGUGGACCAGCACCCCCCAGUGGACAGAGACACCAACAACAUGCCAAACUGGCUCAAGAACAGCCGCCAGAGCAUCCAGAAGACCCGGCUGGGCACCUGUUACCCCCCCUCACUUCCCCCAGGCUGCACCCUCAGGCUCCACCCCAAUUACAUCAACAGGUACCGUCCCCCAGCCCGUCCCCACAGGCGCUUCUUCACUUUGGCUCAUAAUGAAGCUCUGCUGCCGCUCGCGAAGGCACAGGAAGAGCCGUCACUGGAGAGACCGGUGGAGAAACAGGUGGACAUGCAGGUCAUACCUAUUCCAGGUGUCACAUUAUUCUCUGCCUCCUCAGCUGUGUCAGAUGCCCUGCCAUUGACUCCACCUCCCAUCUGUGGGGUGGUCCCACUGACUGCUGUUCACCCAGGCCCCACCCACCCCACGUGUGCUGAUGUCAUGCAGCCCUGCCUUCCUAUUGGCCAAAAUAUGCUGCAAACUGUGUCUGCACAGGAAAGUGCCACACCCUUUCCACUCCUCCUGCCCUUUUCCUCCUGCCCUAGCACUACAAAUCCUACAAUUCCCUGCUCCACUGCUAUGCUGAAGCCAGACUACAUCGUCCUCCAGAUGGUGAGGACUCCUCCCACCUCCUCUGAAGAUGCUUUGGGGCAUCAUGUCCAUGGGCCAAUCAGAGACCAGCAGGAAGCGGCCUUUUCUGAGCAUGAGAGCCAAUUGGAGCAGCUGAAGCUGGAGGAAGAGGAGAGUAUGGUCUCUGUGUCAACACUGAGCCCAACGUCAUGUACAGAAGAGGAGGAGGAGAGGCCGGAGAAAGAGAAGGAACAGAGACAGGAAGAGGAGGAGGAAAAAUGGAAUGUUACUAGUGUCAGUUUGAAUGGAGGAGAAAACACUGGUCGAGAGCAGGAGCAGAGUAGAGAUGGAGGCGGAGGAGGAGAAGGAGAAGGAGAGGAAGGAGGUGGAGCAGGUGAGGGUGAGCAGGGUGGCGAGGAAGAGGAGGCGAGACAGAGAGAGGAGGGGGGAGGUGAAAGAGACAACAGCGGAGAGAAGGAUAAGGAUGAAGAUCAGGACCGGCAGGGAGAUGAGGAGGAGGAGGAGGAUUUUGAUGACCUCACACAGGAUGAAGAUGAGGAGGAAGUGAUGUCGUCAGCGUCGGAGGAGUCGGUGCUGUCGGUUCCAGAGUUACAGGAGACCAUGAAGCAGCUGACAUGGCUGGCGGCAGAGCGGCGGCUCUGUGCAGACGGUGACUCUGAGGAGGAUCACUCUCCAACCUCUCCUGGCUCUCAGGAGGAGGAGGAGGAGGAAGAGGAGGAGGGGCCAAAAGGAGAGGAGUCAGGGGAGGGCCGGAGCAGCAAGGCAGGGUUAGACGAGGAGACGCCAUCCGGAGAGCAGACGCCCCGAGGAGGAGGGGGGAGGUGUCCUGGACGAGGAAGAGGGCGAAGCCAACCUCAUCGCGGCCUCAGGAGGAGCCGUCAGGAGCGCCACAGUAAAGAUGCCACCAAACUGCUGCUGCUUUAUGAUGAAAACAUCUUGGACAACGACCCACACCGAGAGAGCAAAGACAUGGCAUUUGCACAGAGUUACCUCAGCCGGGUGCGUGAGGCACUGCAGGGCGUACCUGGGCAGGUGGAGGAGUUUGUGUCUCUGCUGAACGAGUUCGAGCAGGUGGGAGAUGGACAGGAAGUGAUCCUGCUGUUCAGGAAGCUGUGCUGCAUCCUGGGAAAUCGCACAGACCUCCUCAGAGACUUCGCUGCAUUUCUGCAUCCUGAGCAGGCGCUGCUGUGCGGACUGUUCGAGGAGCAGCAGGCAUUUGAGCGUAGCCGCCGUUUCCUGCGACAGCUGGAGAUCAGUUUUGGAGACAAUCCAUCACAUUACCAGAAGAUCAUCAAGGCUCUACAGAUCGGCCCAGACCUCAGUCCCACCAGCAUCCAAGAGCUGAAAGCUCAGAUGUCUAUGCUGCUGAAAGGCCACACCCAUCUACAAGCUGAAUUCUGGGUUUUUUUUGAUGAGCUCCGCCCACCUCCUGCCUGCCCUGGACAGUUUGAAGAAGCCCAUUGGCUGGAGGAUGGAGGUGGUGGGUUGGAAGGUGGAGAGGGCUGUGGCCAAGAGUCAGGAGGUGGGACCAGUGGCGGCUUUGAGGAAGUGACGCUGCCAGAACUUGAAGAGGAAGAGGAGGGACAUAAAAUCCAACCAAUGGCGAGCCGGCGCCAGAGGAGGAAGAUGGACACUCACAGAAACUACAAGGUCUGUGAUUGGGCCAAUAAAGACUGGUCCUGCCUCUGUCAUGAUGCAAAGAUCCGUAAACACAAGAGGAAAGGAUGCUCUCGUUGUCACGGCAACAAGACCUCAGGGGCUGUGUCCAGAGCCAUGAAGAGUCUGGACCCCCUCUACGCUCAGAUAAGUACCGCCCACAAUGAACCAGGUGACAAAGACCUGGACCUAAAGGGGGGUGACGACAGUCCCCAGCCAGAUCAGAGUGGUGCAUCAUGGGAAGUCCCAUUUCCACUGACUGACACGAAGGAGGAGGAAGAAGAGGAAGAGGAGGAGGAAGAAGAGGAGGAGAGAAAGAAGGCACAGAGCUCAGCAGUGAAGAGGAGCAGGAGAGAGGAGGUGCUACAGCCUCUACCUGUGACCCCCACCAUCACUUCUGCCUGCACCUCCGUCACCUCUACUUCCUUCUCUGUAGCUCCGCCCUACACUACAGCCUCCAACACAUCUGUCUGCACCACCUCUUCGUUCUCCUGCGCUCGUCCUCGGCCAGCUCCUCCUCCUCCUGACCUCCCCGUCUGUGCCAAAAACAUUUCUCUGACAGCCAGCGGGGAGAAAGUGAUCCUGUGGACCAGAGAAGCAGACCGUGUCAUCUUGAAGACGUGUCAGCAGGAUGGAGCCAAUCAGAACACAUUUCAGGCCAUUUCCUGUCUGCUUGGCAACAAGACUCCCAGCGAGGUGUCUCGCAGGUUUCGGGAUUUGAUGCAUUUGUUUCGAACGGCAGCACGUCAGACCAGCUCAGAGGAUGAAGCCCCGCCCACUGAGCCAGCAGCAGCCAAUGAGACAGAACACUGAGAUUAACAAAUUGGAAGACCUGCAGGCUGUUAUCUAAAGAGCUGCUUGAUAACAGGGAUGCUUUUAUUUAGAAAGGACUCACAAAACACUGAUGUGUUCACCUUAAGAACAAAAAUCUGUAAAUAUGAACAUUCAGAUUAU